UUCAUGAUCAACAGGAAAAAUAAAAAUAAAAAAUCAGUCACACCCUUUCGUGCUCAUUUUCGUCCCUGCUUAGAGCUGUCAUGGAACAUCCAAAUAAACGCCUUCAACUGCUACCCAAAAUCUUUCUCAUAUUUCAUCUAUUAUUAUGGUGCAUAAUUUUCCAAGCUCAAGCUCUAACGCCUUCCAAACCAAUAAAAACUUCAAAAAACAAGAACAGUGCUACUAGUGCUUCGGCCAUCUUCGUGUUCGGAGACUCCACCUCCGACCCCGGAAACAACAACUACGUGGAGACCAUUUUCAAGGGCAAUUUUCUGCCUUACGGCAGAGAUUUCGCCAACCGAAUACCAACCGGAAGGUUCUCCAACGGACGGCUCAGCUCAGACUUCAUAGCUUCAUAUUUGGGUCUAAAAGAGUAUGUGCCUCCAUAUUUGGACCCAACUCUAACCACUAAAGAGUUGAUGACCGGAGUAAGCUUCGCCUCCGCCGGCACCGGCUAUGACCCGCUCACAUCACAACUUAGUAAUGUGAUUCCAGUACUAAAGCAACUGGAAUAUUUCAAAGAGUACAAGAAGAGGAUUGAAUUAGAAAUUGGGAAGCAACAAACAGAAGAUCAUAUCAAGAAGGCAAUUUUCCUGAUUAGCGCUGGAACAAAUGACUUUGUUGUCAACUACUUUACUUUACCAAUGCGAAGAAAGAUCUUUACUGUGCCCAGCUACGAACAAUUUGUGAUUCAACAUCUUAAACAUUUCUUGCAG